GAUGCUUGCAACAAAAUGGUUGCUCAACUUUGCAACCUAACAAAUUAGUCACUUAACUUCAUCUUGUAAUAAAUUGACAACAACCUGGCUGACUCUAAUAAUCGACAAUAUUAGUGACCAAAUUAAGAAAUUUGAUAACUUCUUGUGCUACCAUUUCGAAUUUUUGCAUCAUAUACUAAUGCAAAAACCAACUUUAGUGAGUAGUGACCAUCCCUUCUCUCACAGUGACAUUAUCGAAAUAUUAUCAUAGGCGUCGACGGUGACAAUUGACAAGCCUAGAUUUCACCUCCAUUUAAAUCUCCACGAUAAGAUUUGGUUUCCAUUUCUUCUUCCGUUCGAUGCCAACAAGCCCAAUCGUUUUCGUCUCCUCCGCCGGCCUUUCUUUAUAUCUUUCCCCCCGCCAUUCCCAAUUGCUUCAUCAAACCACAUUUGUUCCAUCACACAUUACAUUAUUUCAAGUUAACAAAUAUCCCCUCACUCGAAAUUUCACUAAGAAAAAUGGGCUCCGUCCCUUCUCCGACGCGUCCUCGGUCGCGAGAUCGCCGGGCACCGGCGGCACCCUCUCAGCCGCCGCAGUCCGACCACCGCAUCUACGCCUCCUUCUGCAACGACACAACCUCCAACUGGAUCGAGUGUUACGACCCAUCAAGCAACGGGUUUACCCACAUGGGCCCGAUACCGGGGUUGGGCCCAAACUGCGUCCUAAAGGACUUUGCCAUGGUCUCGUUGGGAGAUUCGGUCUACAUCAUUGGUGGACGCGUGGUCCGCAAGGAGAGGUCCACUGUCCACCACGUGGUCGAGGACGGGACGGAUGAUGAGUUUAUCGAGGUGAACCUCGAGAUCCGGUCGUGCGUCCUGCGGUACGACGUGGGGCGCGAUCGGUGGACCCGGUGCGGGCCGUUGUCCCAACCGCGCUGCUGCUUCGCGUGUUGCGUGUGCGAUGGCAGGAUCUACGUGGCUGGAGGUAGGUUUGACGUGGCAGGCACGCACGGAGUGGCGUCCGGUGAGGUGUACGAUCCUGCGAGUGACGAGUGGAGCUCGUUGCCAGACAUGAGCGUCAUGAGGUACAAGUGUGCUGGAGUGACGUGGCAGGGGAAGAUCUAUGUGAUUGGAGGGUUCGCGUCUCGAGGAGAUCACAAUUCGGGGAAGGGGAUAGAGUCGUUCAUCGUGGAGCGGAGCUCGGCUGAGGUGUACGACACAAGGACGGGCAAGUGGCACGUGGUGGUGGGGAUGUGGCAGCUGGACGUGCCACCUAACCAGAUCGUUGCAGCCAACGAAACGUUGUUCAGCUCCGGCGACUGUUUGAAACCGUGGAAGGGACAUAUCGAGUCGUACGACGGAGACAUGAACAUGUGGAACGUUGUGGAUAAAUCGCACCUGCAAACUUGCAGUUCUCUUGUCCAGCAGUUGUACCUGACCAUGGCGUCAAUCGGGUCCCGACUCUAUUUUCUAGGUGGGUUUCAGACGCUCGAGGAGCUGCCACGUACGAUGUCUAGAGUGUGCGUGUUCGACACGUCAGCCACGAGCCGUGAAUGGACGAACAUGGAGCCCAUUGAGGAGAAAGGGAAAAAAGAGCUAUGUAGUCACUGUUGUGUGGUUCGAAUUUCUUAGAAGUCAUUUUUUGUUAAUCCUUAACAGUUAACAUUGAUGUACUUCGGUUUGAACUAUAUAUGUUUUGGUUCCACGGUUUGCAUCUAUCCCUCGAAAUAUAAACGACAAUAUUUUGUUGUGCUUUUUCUUGUUCGUUUUCGGUUAGAACUAGAAACAAACUUGGAAUUUUUUAUUCUGGAAAUGAUGUAUUACGAUAAUGUGUGUACUAAAGAUUAUGUGUAUACUAAGAAUGUGUGGUUUUAAAAAUUCAUUGUUUGGAUCUCAUAAAAGAAUGCAUGGAUUAUAAUUUAAAUGAACUAUGGAUACUCAA